AUUUGUUGUUCUAACUACUUAGCAAAGAGAGCGUUUGUAAAUCAAGAAAGAUAAGAGGAGAAGAACCGACCGGAGAUGUCGGGGACGGUGGUGAGCAUGGCGAGGUCGAUGCUGAUGAGCGCCAUCAGCGUGGCCGCCUCUGCCGCUGCUGCUGAGAUGAGCCUCCUCAUUGGCGUCCGCAAAGACAUCUGGUUCAUCAGAGACGAGCUAGAGACCAUGCAUGCAUUCCUUUUGUCCAUAGAAGCAACGAAGAACAAAAGCAUGGUACUGCAGGUGUGGGCUAAGCAAGUAAGGGAUCUUUCCUAUGGUAUUGAGGAUUGUCUUGAUGAAUUUAUGGUGCAUGUGGAAAGCCAGAGCCGGUCUCGGCAGAUGUGUAAGAUGAAAGACCGCCAUCGGAUUGCCAACCAAAUCCGUGAUCUCAAAGCAAGAGUUGAAGAAGUCAGCAACAGGAACACACGCUAUAACUUAAUCACAGUUGAUGCCUCCAGCAACAUUGAUGGGGUGAAUUCCUACAUGGAAGAUAUUCGCAACCACUCAGCUAGCAACAUUGACGAGGCAGAGCUUGUGGGAUUUGCUAAGCCUAAAGAGGAGUUGAUUAAGAUGGUGGAUGUCGACUCCAGAGAUGGUCUUUGCAAGGUGAUAUGUGUUGUUGGCAUGGGUGGUUUAGGAAAGACCACUCUUGCAAGGAAGGCAUAUGAAAGUAAGGAAGAUACUGUUAAUAAUUUUUCUUGUUGUGCCUGGGUCACAGUCUCACAGUCAUUUUCCAAGAUAGAUAUGCUCAAGGACAUGAUUAGGCAGCUAUUGGGUGCUGAUUCAUUGAAGAUUUGCUUGAAGGAACUUGAAGGGAGGGCGGUGCAAGUAGACAAUCUUGCUAGCUACCUGAGAGAAAAGCUAGUGGAGAAGAGGUACUUCAUUGUUCUUGAUGAUCUGUGGACAAUAGAUUCUUGGAAGUGGAUCAAAGAUAUUGCAUUUCCUAGUAGAAACAAUAAAGGUAGCCGGAUAAUAGUAACAACACGAGAUGAUGGCUUGGCUAAGGAGUGCACAUCUGAAUCUCUUGUCUAUCACCUUAAGUACUUGCAAACAAAUGAUGCCACAAAAUUGCUACUAAUAAAGAGUAGGAAAACACAUCAAGACAUGGAUAAUGAUAAGGAGAUGAAGACCAUGGUUGACAAAAUAGUAAAGAAGUGUGGUGGCCUACCGCUGGCUGUACUCACUAUAGGAGGCAUGCUUGCCACCAAAAAAGUAACAGAGUGGGAGAGUAUCUAUAAACAAAUCCCCUUAGAGCUUGAGGUCAAUCCUAGCCUUGAAGCAAUGAGGAGGAUUGUUACUUUGAGCUACAACCACUUGCCAUCUCAUCUCAAGUCAUGUUUUUUGUAUCUAAGCAUCUUUCCUGAGGAUUCUGAAAUCAAAAGGAGACGUUUGGUGGAGAGAUGGAUAGCCGAGGGGUUUGUUAGAGCGAGGGCUCGGGUGAGCAUUGAGAAUGUGGGAAAUGAUUACUUUAAUGAGCUUGUCAACCGUAGCAUGAUUCAAUCUUCAAGUGUGAAUUUAGAAGGAGUUGUUAAGAGUUGUCGAGUCCAUGAUAUUGUGCGUGAUGUCAUGGUCUCAAUUUCCAGAGAUGAAAAUUUUGUGUAUGUGGCGGAAGAAAAUGUAACUAGUGCCGCAGAAGAGACAUUUCGCCAUGUAGCACACCAUGGUAGCAAGUUCCAGAAUAUUGGCAUGGAUUGGGGCCAUGUUCGGUCAUUGACCAUAUUUAGUGAGAGACCAUUGGAAUCUUCAAUAUUUUCACCCGAGGCAAGAAUGCUCAGAAUCUUGGAUCUAGGGAAUGCACAAUUUCGAGUCACACAAGAGGAUAUCAAUAACAUAGGAUUGUUGUGCCACUUAAAGUAUGUGAAUUUUUCUAAUCCUAAAAGGUAUUCAUAUAUUUAUAAACUCCCAAGGUCCAUAGGAAAAUUACAGGGCUUGCGUACUUUGGACAUAAGAGGUAGUUAUAUUACAGAACUACCAACUGAGAUUAGUAAGCUCAAGAGCCUGCACAGUCUCCGUUGUACCAGAAAUAGUUCCUACGAAUACUUUGACCUGGAUGACCCCAAGGACUGUUUGCUGACCACAUUUUGUCUGCCAGUGCUGUUCACACCUUUGGCUGAUCGUAUUGACGGCACUGAGGUAGUUGCGGAGCUCCACAUGGCAUGGUCUAGCCGUUGGUCCGGGUCAAUAGGUGUGAGGGUGCCAAAAGGAAUUGGCAACCUAAAAGAGCUACAAAUACUAGAGACCGUGGACGUCAGACGAACUAGUCGCAAAGCAAUUAAAGAGCUUGGUGAGCUUGUGCAACUGAGAAAACUAAGCUUGGCAAUGCAGGGGGCCACCAAGCAAAAAUGCAAGGUACUUUGUGAUGCCAUUCAGAAGCUCAGUUUCCUCCGCUAUCUUGUUGUGGCAAGUGACUCAAAUGGAAAAAUCGAGUGGCUGCACUCCGUUUCCUCUAUUCCUAUCCUGCUGAGAACCCUGGGCUUGUGUGGAUGCCUUGUAGAGAUUCCUGGCUGGUUUGUGAAUCUGUUGCAUUUGGUCAAGCUUUACUUACUGCGGAGCCAAAUAAAGGAAGAAGGUAAAUUCAUGGAAAUACUAGGUGCACUGCCAAGCCUCGUUCACCUUUAUCUUGGAGUUGGCUCUUAUAUAGGGGGGAAGUUAGUGUUCAAAAUGGCAGCAUUCGCAAAUCUCAAGAAACUUGAUAUUUGGAGUCUGGAGCAACUGAGAGAGUUGAUGUUCGAGGAGGGCACCUUGCCCCAGUUAGAAAGGAUAGAAAUCAACUACUGCCGAUUGAAAUCAGGGAUCAUUGGUAUCAAGCACCUUGCAAGCCUCAAGGAGAUUUCACUUGGUUGGGAUGGUAAAGUGGCAAGGCUUGGUAUGCUGCAACAUAAAGUGGAUACACACCCCAACCGUCCUGUCCUGCGACUCAAGAUGGACCGGAGCCACCACGACCUUGGCGACAUCGUCGAAUGAUCUACUGCUUCAGUACAAGUGGAGGAAGCAACAGUGGGGGAGGAAUCAUCUCUCCAUGCCGACCCUGCAGCAGCGGGAGCGAGCUCCUCCUGGCAGGUGGUGGCCGUGACGACGUGGAGCGACAGUGAAGAUGAUCUGCGCUGAAGAUGAGUUGAGGGUUGCAGCUGAUGAUUGAUUUCUUCUCCGUGCAUCAUUCGCUUCUUCGAUCACCUUCAUGCUUGCAAGUAUGAGGUGUUGCUCGUUUCCACUUGAAGGCAAUGGUGAUGAUGAAGACGAUGAUAACUUUGGUUGCUGCUCCAUCCAUUCUUUACCAUGUUGGGCGCUCCUCCAUCUGAAGGGAACAAACAUCCAUACAUCCUGUGCGUCACGAAAAAGGCUCUCGCCCCGCUUUAUAUAUAAUGUCGAGUGAAGUCUGAAGCCAUUGGACCGUUUUCUGAUCCAAGAUGGACUUCUCGCUGUCGUUGUUCUGACGGUCCAAGUGCCUCUCAAACAUGAACCAAGAAGUGAUCAACCUGAUAACUGGUGGGGAGAAGACGUGGAAAAUGCAAUGGACUACACCACACAAGAUGAUACUACUAACUAAGCUGCAUACAUUGUUUGCUGCAAUUGGCCAUCACGCUCAGCUUUCCAAGUCAGCUGGUGGUGGCCUCUAUAUGCCGUAAAAUGAAGUUGAGAGCCUGAGAUACAACCUGAUGUUCCUAAGGUGCGAAUGUUAAAGGAGUGCAUUUCUCUUUGGGGAACUCAAUGUAAGGGAAGAGAUGAAGCUACCACGAUUUCGAGAUCUCGGUAGCAGUUUACGAUCGGUAUUUGGGGAGCCCCAUGGAAUGGAUCAACCUUAUUUGAAGACCUGCAACUAAUUGUGAAAAUAGACUCACUUUGUUUACUAGUACUCUCUCUCUUUUUCAGAGAUGAUUUAUUACUCUCCAUUUGUUGCUACCAAUAUAUUUGCAAGCUUACAGCAAUUUGUGAAGAAAAAUGAGGAUUGCAUGUGUUG